CAGGUGUUCAUGCAGGGAGGCAGGCAGAAAGAGGAGAAGAGAGGCAGCAACCAGAUGAAUGAGCUCAGCAGCAAGGGGCAUAUGAUAAGGAGAGCGCGGGACUGCUAUAGCACUAUGUGUAUGUUGAGAUCAGACUUAAGAAGUACAUCUGGAGGAGGGAGAUCAUAUAUUAGUGGUCCGACACUGGAUGCAAAGAAAAAGGACAAUGUGGUUGGACGAACACUUCCUUUAGUUUCUCGUUGGAUCUAUGUAUGAAGGUAAUCCUGAUUCAGCGGGACCAUGGCUGUCAGACAAAGGCGGCAUUGGAGGUCUAUGUGCAAAGGCCUGGUGCUGGGGACCCUCCUGACCAGCUGCAUGAUCCUGCUUUACUGCCUCUCCACUUCCCAGACCCCCUUCAGUCUGCCUGAGGUGCCAGUGCCUUACUCCUGUGCCCACCGCCCAUCCCAGCUCCAUUCGAAACCAAUCACCAACAGCUCCCAACAAACCACUGGCCAGACCUGCACUCCUAAAGUUGACAUCAUGUUCAUGAAGACCCACAAAACAGCCAGCAGCACCUUCCUCAACGUCCUGUUCCGCUUUGGGGAAAAGCACCGGCUCAAAUUUGCCUUCCCUGACAGCAGAAAUGACUUCUUUUAUCCGUCAGUUUUCCAGCGUUCCCAGGUUAAAGACUACAGACCUGGAAUGUGCUUUAAUAUUAUCUGUAAUCACUUGCGCUUCAAUGCACCCGAGGUGGCCAAGCUGUUACCUAUGGACACUUCCUACAUCACUAUCCUGCGAGACCCUGCAGAGCUUUUUGAGUCCUCCCUCCACUACUUUGGCAAGCUGGUACCUUUUACCUGGAAGAUACCAGGUGACGAUAAGCUGACUGAGUUUCUGCGUGAGCCCCAUCACUACUUCGACCCUGAGGGCUUCAACUCUUUUUACCUCAAGAAUCUUCUUUUUUUCGACUUUGGACAGGACAACACUCUGGAGCUGGAUGAUCCUCGUGUAGAACAGGGAAUCAGAUUCAUCGCUGACCGUUUUCAACUCGUCAUGUUAGUGGAGUACUUUGAGGAAUCACUCAUCCUGCUUAAGGAUGCCCUCUGCUGGGAGAUGGACGACGUGCUCUUCUUCAAGCUCAACGCCCGCAAGGGAUCCAAAGUGUCUAAACUCACCCCAGAGCUGAGGGCCAAGGCUCUUGAGUGGAACGCUAUUGACUGGAAGCUAUACCGGCAUUUCAACCAGACUUUUUGGAAGAAAGUAGAUGCGUAUGGACGGCAGCGGAUGGCUGAGGAUGUGGCAGAGCUCAGGAGAAGGAACGCAGAGAUGGCAUCCAUCUGCAUCGAGGGGGGGCAAGCUGUAGAAGCAGGCAGCAUCCAGGAAACAGCCAUGCAGCCCUGGCAGCCCAUCGGAGAGAAGUCCAUCAUGGGCUACAACCUUAAGAAGAAUGUGGACAAGGCACAUUGGAAGUUGUGCCGAAAGAUGUUGACGCCAGAGCUUCAGUACUUAACAGAGCUGGGGGUUAACCUGUGGAUCACCAAGCUGUGGGGCCAUGUCAGAGAUAUCAUCAACUGGUGACUAUACAUGUGAGCGGGAGGGGCCAAUUCAACCCAGACUGUAUUUGAAAAAGAAGAAUCUGAUUGUGGAAGAUAACGUGAAAUGUUUAAAGUUUCUGACACAUUUCAAUCCUAUGACUUGCUCAUUUUAUUGAAGGGUAUCUACAUUGACUUGAAUUAAUUGGAUUGUGCAUUGUAGUUUGCUACUCGCAGAUUAGUCCUCAUAUUGUUAGGUAUUGUACUAAGUGUUCUUUCUCUCAGAUUGUUCUAGUGGAGUGGAUAAGUGAACUAUGAAGUUCAGGUUUUGUAAGCUCUUUAAUGAAAUAAAGACAAUAAUGUUGCCAUCCCUGCCAUUAUUUAAGGGUGUUUGGUAGAAAAAAUGCUACCUCACUGAGUUAAAUAUUGUCAAAUGAUCUUGUGUGCAUCCCCGAAAGUUAAGAGAGCUGAAAGCCCAGGGCUAAAACACAGAUGUGCAAAUAGUGAACGUAAGUACUACAACCCACUUUUGUGUCUAUGGAGAACAAAAUCGGACAUUAUUUUAGAAAUAAUUGAAGAAAUGCAGACUUUUAUACUUGUCAUAACAAGGAAAACACAGGUGUAGCUAAUAAUCUUAACGAUUGCACAAUUCCCAGAGCUGCUCAAAUGUAGCCAUCGUUAUUAAUAGUAAAAACACCUGUGCACCUUGUGCAGCAACAUGUCAAAAUGUCUGUCAAAGGGUCUGAUGAAUAAUGUGCAAAGAAAUCAAAUAAAAAAUAAAUGUUCUAUGCAAUCAAAGAGACAUUCUGAAUGCUUUGUUUUGCUUGCAAGUUUUGAAAGAAUCUGAUAUAAAUGAUGUUGAUUUUUUUGCUAUAUAAUAACACAUUUGUGCUUCUUCAGAGCACGUAGCCAAUUAUCCUUUCUGUGUGUUUGAGGUACAUUGCCGAUGUUUUGGAGGGUGGCUGCAGAGAGACAAAAGAAAAUGCAGUGUCAGCCAAGUUAAGGUUUACCCUAUCUAGGAAGGACCUAUGGCAAUGACUCACAGUGUUUAACUCCACCUCCUUGUGUUUACACUGCCUCAUUAUCACAUCCUGCUGAAGUAAAAGGAGUUAAAGUGAGGAUUACAUCAAUGUUGUUGCUGUUAUGCACUCUUUUACUCAUUUAUUUGUUAAUGUCUAUCCAACACACAGACACAAAUAUGUAUGUAUAUGCAGUAUAUAUAUUUAUUCUGUAUUUCUAUGCAUUGAAUAUUUUGUAAAUGUGUUUUGUAAUUAAUAAUGAAUUUAGUUAUGAGUUACUUGUACUGUAACUUGGUCCUCCAUACUUUCCUGGCAAUACAUGAUAAUCUUCUCAUCCUCAAAGUGAAAAUUACAUGUAAUAUUGCAAUAUCUUUGAGUGUUUCCUCCUUAAUACUGUAUAAAAAGUAUCAAGAGUGUUGUUUCUUCAUUGUGUAUAUAGCAUAUCAACAUCUUAGUACAUGCUGAAACAAUAUCUAGUAUUUCAAUUAUGGGCCAAGAUAAACCAAAUCUGCAGUAAGUCACAGGAACCAGUUGGAGGUUCAGUUCUGUCGAAUAUAGUUGGGUUGCAGAUUUUAAACCAAAGUAGGACCUGCUGCUGAAUGUAAG